CUCCUAGCCGUUUCCGCCGCGGGGCGUCGCUGGCGGCGGGGCGAUGAGAUCCGCGCUCCUCUCGUCCUCGCUCCUGCUGCGCUGUCGCGGGGCGGUGGCUGCCGCCGCCGCCGCUGCUGCUGCUGCUCUCAGCGCGCCCGCGGCCUGUUGCCGCCCUCUGCCCGCUCGGCCGCUCGGCGCGGCGGCUUCCGCCCGCCUGUGGGCUCCUGUGCGGCCCCCGGGCGGGCAGGAGCCCCCGCGGGCGGGCGGCGGCGGCGAGCCGUGGGAGGGGGUGGCGAGCGCUGGCCAGGAGGAGGAGGAGGAAGAAGAGGAUGAAGACGAAGCGGAGCUGGAGGAGUUGCUCGGCCCGUCUCCGCUCGCCGUGGGUCCCGGCGCGCAGCGUGUGGCCGUGGUGCACCCGGCCGUCAAGUGGGGCCCGAAGAAGCCGCAGCUCACAACGGCUGAAUUACAGAUUGCUGAAGCUGUUGCUCUUGUAAAUACCCUUCAGAACUGGACAAUUUUAGAUAAAAUAAUUAUUCCUACAAAAAAUCCUGAUAAGAAGUUCAUUUUUGGCAAAGGAAAUUUUCAGGUUUUGACAGAAAAGAUUAAAAAAUUGCCCCAUCUGACAGCUGUCUUCUUGAAUGUGGAAAGAAUAUCUUCAUUAACAAAGAAAGAACUAGAAGAUGCCUGGGGCGUGAAAGUUUUUGACAGAUACACUGUUGUACUUCAUAUUUUUCGUUGCAAUGCCCGUACUAAGGAAGCAAAACUUCAGAUAGCAUUGGCUGAAAUUCCACUUCUCAGGUCAAAUCUGAAAAAUGAAGUAUCUCAGUUAGAUCAACAGAGAGGUGGAUCGAGAUACAUCAUGGGCUCAGGUGAGACGUUCAUGGAGACACAGAACCGUCUCUUGAAAGAAAAAGAACUUAAAAUUAGGAAUGCCCUGGAGAAGCUAAGGAGAAAAAGGUCUAUACUUAGAAAUCAACGUAAAAGACGCGAGUUUCCGAUUAUCUCAGUGAUGGGCUAUACUAAUUGUGGAAAAACCACCUUGAUCAAAGCCUUGACUGGGGAAGUGGGCCUUCAACCUAAAGAUCAGCUGUUUGCCACUCUUGAUAUUACAGCCCAUGCUGGCUAUCUGCCGUCACAUAUGCCAGUUAUUUAUGUUGACACUAUUGGGUUUCUGUCUGAUCUUCCCCAUAAUCUGGUUGAGUCUUUUUCAGCUACGUUAGAAGAAGUUGCUUACUCAGAUCUGAUAGUUCAUGUGAGAGAUAUUACUCAUCCAGAAACUAUCCUCCAGAAAGCAAGUGUUCUGUCAGUUCUGAAGAAUCUUAAUCUUCCCAGCCACUUAUUGGAGUCAAUGGUAGAAGUUCAUAACAAAGUGGAUUUGAUAGACAGGUAUAAACCCACUGAAGAAAAUUCUCUAGCCAUUUCUGCUUUAUGUGGGCAUGGUUUAGAACAACUGAAAGAAGAAAUAGAGAAAAGAAUUUUGAAAGCAACUGGGAAGAAGAUUCUGACAGUUAAGGUCAGCUUAGAUGGACCUCAACUAAGUUGGCUAUAUAAACAAGCAACAGUUCAGGAAGUAGAAGUCACACCUGAAGAUGGCACAGCUGAUGUGAAGCCAUUAACUGUGGGAGCUUGCAUGAGGAGGUAGCAUCUUAGCCUUUCGUUUCAAGAAGCCUAAGUAUUGUAUGCGCCCCUAGUUUCCUUGGAGAGAAUCACCAUACGUACCUGGACGGCCUAUCUGCUUCAUACGUUCUAAAUACUGGAUAAGCGCACGAGUGGCAGUUUUGUUUCCCCACCAGUACGGAAUUGCAGGCCACAGUUCACAGUGCUCCUUCACGAGGGUCUCCUCUUCGUACGAGACUAUCACCUGAUAGCCACACUGCCACAUGGUCCGUAGUGUCGGCACCACCUGAAAGAAAUUGCAUCCAUGCUGAAGUCAGCUGGGACCUGCAGGAUAACUCUACAGCAUUUUUCCCAAAGCUCAAAUGUGACGUAUAGUAAGACAAGCUAAUAAGACACUGGUCAGUUCAAAUAAUGCUGUUAAACUUGUAGCCAGAGAGGCUGUUGGCUGCAUUACAAGCUGCUUAAUGCCAGCCAGGUUCUUAAUGGCAAUAGGAGCUUGAGAACUUCAGUGGUAUGUGGAAAACUCCUUUACUUAAACAAUUCAACUAAGAUAAAGUACAUAUUUCACAUUUGUACACCUGUUUGAUAGGAAACCAUCCCUGUGUUCGCACUCAUGCACAUACCAUCUCGAAUAAAUUUGGCAGACAAAAACAGACAUUCUGUAAACGGAGGCAGGAGGAGGGUGAAUCUGCACACCCUCCGCUAUAGGAAUAUAGAUGCAGAGAACCAGAAAUAAUUUUGGCAGCUGUUACAUAAGUGAUUCAACUGUUUCAUAAUUGGACAUUCAUGAAAAUUGAACUGUUUAGACUAUAUAACAUGAAAUUUUUUUUUUAAUCACAAUGCACUUUUUCAUUAAAGGCAAAAUGGUACAUGGAGAUGUGUUAAUUCUGAUUUCUGUAAGGGGAAGGUGUCUAAAAUUGAUAAUUGAGUCACAAACCCAAGAAAAACAGACAUUCUGGUAAAAGUCUGUAAUUAAAAUAUUUAAAUGUGUAAUAAAAUUGUCCAGUCCUCAGAAGUUGCCACCAAACAGAACUGUGGCCCUCUGAUUAUAUUAUUUGCACUAUGUAUGUGUGUAUAUAUAUAUAUAUGUAUAUACACACACACGCACACAUAUUAAAAUAAUAAACAUUUUUAAGAAUUUUGAUGGUGAAAAGGAAAUUGCUUGUGA